AUGGUAGGCUACUCGAAGGACGAUACAAUGACGCCUAAUCAAAAAAUCAUAGCAGGGGCCAUGUCUGGCGCAGUAACACGAUUCAUAACACAGCCACUCGAUGUACUCAAAAUCAGAACUCAGUUAGAAAAGAAGAUGAGCAAACGUAAACAGAGAACGUUAUUCGAAACAUCCAAAAAGAUUUUUCACGAGGAAGGCAUGUUUGCGUUCUGGCACGGUCACAAUCUUGGUCAGAUGCACUCAAUCUUAUCAACUGGCAGUCAGUUCUAUGUUUAUGAAUUAACAACAAAAUAUGCAUUUCAAUCGGCAGAUGACCCUAAAUAUAAGCGAACCAUUGAGUUCCUGUGCGGAAUUUGUGCGGGCUCAUGCAGCGCCACGCUCGUCACUCCCCUGGAGGUGAUCAGAGUUCGGCAGAUGUUGGUGAAGGAGCAGUACAGAGGUUUCUUCAACGGGGCUAAGGCGGUGUACAGAUCCGGAGGGCCCCUCGCCUUCUUCGAAGGUUGGGCAGCUGGUGUUCUUAUGCUCGGUCCACAAGUGGCUAUAACGUUCUCAGUAUUCAGCUUCCUCCAGCCUAUAAUACUGGACUACCUGCACAAAUGCACGGAGAUAUGUGAACAGGUCAAGUUCCAUGAGCACAGACCUGAACACCUUCUGCUGGCGAGCAGUAUGGGUGCCCUGGUCUCUGGGUUCGUCUCCAAGGUGAUCAUGUACCCUUUUGAUUUGGCGAAGAGGAGAUUGCAAAUCGCGAGUCACAGAACGGAAAAUAAAUUCUACACGCCGACUACGUCGAGGAACCUAGUGAAAUGCAGUAAUCUGAUCCAGUGCAUAUCAGACACUGUUAAAAUAGAAGGUUUCCUUGGCCUCUACAGGGGCUUACAGAUCACCGUCUACAAAGCUCUGUCAACAAACAUCAUAACAUUUACGUCGUAUGAGCUGUUCUGCUAUUGUUUAGUGAAGUAA